AUGCAGAGCGCGCUUCUGUUUGGCUUUGCCAAGUCCAAGGCGGCCGCGCCCAAGGCCCCCAAGUACGAGACCGUCACCAUGCGCAGCAGCUUUGCCAUCCCCACAGUCCUGCUGGGCACCGCUGCCGCGGCUCACUUUGCGGAGCUGGAUGUGGUGAGCUACGUGACGGGCGUGCUGGGCGCGUUCCUGGCCUUCCAGGCCAACCGCGUGCGCUUCGUGUUUGACGAGGAGGCGCUAGAGGUGCUGAUCGGCCCCGGCGCCAAGAAGAGCGACAACGCGUUUGUGGGGGGCGAGAACCGGUGGGCGUACAGCAGCUUUGUGAACUGGGAGUUCUGGUGGCCCGGCUUCCCUGUGCUGGUCUACUUCAAGGAGACGCAGACCAAGCCUGAGGGACAGCUGUAUGAUACCAUGGUGGAGCGCUGCGGCCCCAGCCAGAACAGUGGGCCCAAGAACUGA